AUGAAUUUGAACAAGUUCAUAACCACAUUGACUAAAAGAAGAUCCAAGUCAAAACAAGUAGUAUCUUCAGUUGUUCCAUCUGUAGCACCAACUCCAGUUAUCGCACCAACUCAGGAUGUUCUACCCCCCAUCGCACCGGUUGCACAGUCUCCAUUCAUUACUGCCCCACAACCAACUACAGGUAUUAUAAUACCUAGCCCAAUACCAGUUAUUGAUCAGUUCCCAGUCGAUACUUCAAAUAUAGUUCCAACAACACCGUCUCCAAUCAUUGCUCCUGCAGCUCCAGUGGUUCCUUGUCCUCGCAGAGAAAUAGUAUGGGUGGAUGCUGAUGAUAAGAGAGUCAUUCCAGACCAGUCUUAUGAGGUUGCAAUCUUUGGUCCCAUAGAAUUAUCGUAUUAUUCUUGCCCAACUAUCUAUUCUCCGCAAUAUCCGAAUCUUCCAUAUCAACAAAAUCUUAUACACAAUGUAGAUGAGAGCAACAUGGACGACCGACAGUUCAACUCAGUAGCAGUAACAGAUCCAUCCAUCAAAUGUAAUCAAAGUAAAGAUCCACACAGAUUGAUGAGCACAUCGAUGAAUAUCGUCAAAAAUACCAAUAUCGGGAAUGAAGUUCGUAUUACAACAGAGGAUUUAGUGCUUCUACAUAAGAUAUUAAUCAUUGGAUAUCUAGAUGUCCAAACUCCAACUAUUACGUUUGAUUUUUCUAGGUAUAAAUCAAAUUCGAAAAUGAAUGAAGAACUCUUUAAGCUACCACCAUUAUACACCGAUGGAUGGCACCAGAAUAUAUUUGCAAGGACAUCUGUUGGAACAAGUAAAGAUAUAAUCAAUUCAAAGAUAGAUUGUGUGUCUUUUGUAUACAAUCAUUAUACUUGGAUGGUCACAUGUAAUUUCAAAUACCGUAAUUGGAAAUGUGAUGCUGCUUGCAUUCGUGACACUGAACCACCAAAAAAGACCUUGGUUUUAUAUUCUACAGAAAUCAAAAUUCAACUCAAGACUCUUGAUAUCCUCGCUGCAAUGGAUCAUGAUUUCUACGAUGUAUUAAAAUAA